UUUUGUUGAUCAUUGUUGCUAGCAACUGUGCAUCUGCAGCCUCAUUUUCCCACGACUCAAAUACUAUACAAAGAGAGCUUGAGCCUUUUAUUUUUUGUGUGUCCAUUGUCCAUUCUAAUAAAUAAGGUGAAAACUGUUGAAAAGAGUAUACACCAUUAACUUCAAAGAUUUAACUACUUCAUAUACUUUUGUUAACUUUCUGCUGACAUUUUAUUGAAAACGGUUGAAAACUGUUCGACUGGUGUGAAUGAAAGGGGGAACAUGAACACUUCCAUCACACGGGAUCUUUUCACGUACAAGUGUGACAAGUGUCGCGUGGACAGAGAGAGACGCAUCAGUUGGGGUCCGUGGCUGGUGUGUUGUCGCAAACAGGCCCAGGAAAGAGGAGUGCAAGCCAAGACUAAUCCAAUGAUUUGGCACGAGAGUGAAAGCCUGAUUCCAUCUUCUGCGGCACCAAACCAAGAAGAUCUCCCACCUCGAGAUUGCUCCAACCACUUGGGUCCAUUUGGGACGAUGCAGAAGACUACUUGUGGAGCUAUGUGGACCUACGAGCAGAGUUUACGAGAGAACAAGAAGGAGAAAUUGGGAAUUGAACCCGCAGAUGUAUUGGCAUGGGGCCGAAUAGCCAAAUACGAACAGCAAAACAACAACAACAACAGUCACGCCAGAGCCACAGCACACCAACAGUUCCACAAAUGAACCCUGAAAGUGCAGGCAACCACACGUUUUUCACACAUGCACCAACACGAAAACAACUCAACCCAACAUAAAACUGAUUUGAAACCUAAUUUUAUGCUUGAUUUCAAGAGAUGAUGCUAAACGUGAAUGGCAAGAUUUAACAUUACAUAUAAUAAUCAUUACAUAUAAUAAUUGUUCUUCA